GCUGCGCCGAACUGGAGAUCGUUGCUGGUAAACAAACUAACGUGUAAACUUACCUUGAAGAACUAAAAUAGAAUAAUAAGUGAUAAGUGUUUUGCAAAUUAACUGAUGGAAAAGAGAUAAGCUGUAAAGUACAAGUUAAGCACACCAACCACCAACCAUGAAAAUCAAACGCCACAAAAAAGCCCAGAAGAUCCUUGCGUUCUUCCAGCACAACUUUGCACUGCAGGCGCCCUACACCAUCCUGCUGGACGCCACCUUCUGCCACUCCGCCCUAGAGGGCAAAGUACUCAUCAAGGAACAAAUUCCAAAAUACCUUGGAGCCCAGACUAAAAUUGUCACCACUCAGUGCAUCAUCCUGGAGGUGGAAAAGCUCAGCAAAAUUAGUCCUAAACUGUAUGGAACGUGGCUAGUUGUUAAACAGUUUCCCGUACACAAGUGUGGCCAUGAAGGGGAUCCUGUGCCUGCUUCCUCCUGUGCAAAAUCUCUCCUUGGCAAGAAUAAUCCAGGAAAGUACAUCAUGGCCAGCCAGGACCCUGAGCUGCGGGCACAUGUUCACCAGGAAGUGGUAGGCACCCCUAUCCUGUACCUACACCAGAGUGCCCCAACAUUGGAAAAACCAACAAAAAAAAGUGUGGCAGCAGCUCAAGGCAGCACAUUGUCAACACACGAGGAGACCACCCUGAAGACACUGAAACGCAAGCACCUAGGAGAAGCAGUACAGGAACCUCCAAGGAAGAGAAAAAAAGCUAAAAACCCUCAUUCAUUGUCAUGUAAAAAGAGCAAAAAAGUUAAGCAAGCAGACCAGCAAAAGGCAUCAGAUGGAAAAAGGAAACGUAAGCGACACAAAAGGAAAGGCGGAGCUACAAAAAGCAUGUCUGGGAGUGAAUAACUCAAUAAAGUGUAUAUAUUUUCA